AUGUUUGCUCGCUCAGCCUUCCGCGCGGCCCAGCCGCUUCGCAUGUCGCAGCACGCUCGCCGCUUCGCGACCGAGACCGGCUCUACUGCCGCCAAGCCCGCUGCUGCUGCUCCCGCCGCGCCCAAGACGGCCGCCGCACCUCCUCCGCCCCCUCCCAGCGGCGGCGGCGGUAGCAGCGCCUUUGUGUACGUCCUCGGCGCGGCCGCCCUCGGCGGCGGCGGCUACUACUACUACAGCAACCAGGCGGGUGGCGCCACCGCGGCCGGGGCCCCGAAGAUCACCAAGCCGGCCUUUACCGGCGGUGACCAGGGCUUCCUGUCACUCAAGCUCGCCGAGGUUGUCGACGUCAACCACAACACCAAGCGCUUCCGUUUCGAGCUCCCGGAGAAGAACAUGGUGCCCGGCCUGCCCAUUGCCAGUGCCGUCUUGGCCAAGUACAAGGGCGAGGGAGAUGAGAAGGCGACCCUCCGCCCUUAUACCCCCAUCAAUGACGAGAAUGAACCUGGCUACGUCGAGCUCCUCGUCAAGCAGUACCCCGGCGGUCCCAUGAGCACCCACAUCCACAACCUGCAGCCCGGCCAGACGCUCGACAUCAAGGGCCCACUGCCCAAGUACGCGUGGACGGAGAACAAGCACGACCACAUUGGCCUCAUUGCCGGCGGCACCGGCAUCACGCCCAUGUUCCAGCUCGCGCGCGGCAUCUUCCAAAACGCCAGCGACAAGACCAAGGUGACGGUCGUGUUUGGCAACGUCAGCAAGGAGGACAUUUUGCUCAAGAAGGAGCUCGAGGAGCUCGAAAACACGUACCCGCAGCGCUUCCGGGCCUUUUACGUGCUCGACAAGGCGCCCGCCGAGUGGUCGGGCAGCACGGGCUUCAUCACCAAGGAGCUGCUCAAGACGGUGCUCCCGGAGCCCAAGAGCGACAACAUCAAGAUUUUCGUCUGCGGCCCGCCUGGCCUGAUGAAGGCCGUCUCGGGCAACAAGGUCAGCCCCAAGGACCAGGGCGAGCUGUCGGGCACGCUGCAGGAGCUGGGCUACACCAAGGACCAGGUCUACAAGUUUUAA